CUAUGGUUAUUGAAAAAAAAAACAAAAAAAAAGUCUGAGCUAAAAAACUAAAAAGUCUCGUCAAACUUAUUUGUAAAUAUUCACAUUAAAAUGGAGAAUUAUUCAAGAGUUGAGAAAAUUGGCGAAGGGACAUAUGGCGUAGUUUACAAAGCACGAGAUAAACUAACUGGUAAAGAUAUUGCAUUGAAGAAAAUCAAACUUGAAAAUGAGCCAGAAGGAGUACCAUCAACAGCGCUACGGGAAAUCUCAGUGUUACGGGAUCUGAAGCACCCCGCAGUAGUACAGUUGCUCGACAUAGUCCUGGCUGACACAAAACUGUUCCUGGUGUUUGAAUUCCUGCACAUGGAUCUUAAGAAGCUUAUGGAAAUGACUAAAGGCCCUUUGAAACUUGAUCUUAUUAAGAGCUACAUCCAGCAGUUGCUAGAAGGAGUAGCAUACUGCCACGCACACCGCGUCCUACACCGCGACCUCAAACCCCAGAACCUCCUCGUGGACACUGAAGGUCACAUCAAGCUGGCAGACUUUGGUCUCGCGCGGGCGUUCGGCAUCCCAGUGCGAGCGUACACGCACGAGGUGGUGACUCUGUGGUACAGAGCACCAGAGAUACUGCUCGGGACCAAGUUCUACUCCACGGCCGUCGACGUGUGGAGCCUGGGCUGUAUUUAUGCUGAAAUGGUUAGCGGCAAAACCCUCUUCCCAGGCGACAGCGAAAUCGACCAACUAUUCCGAGUGUUCCGCGCUCUCGGCACCCCGGGCGACGACGUGUGGCCGGGAGCUCGGCUGCUGCCCGAUUACCGCGCUGCGUUCCCGCGCUGGCCGAAGCGCGAAGCACGGACGCUGCUGCCGACGACCGCGCGCGCUUCGGAGCACGCUUGCACGCUGUUCGAAGCGAUGCUUCGUUACGAGCCCAGCGAGCGCGUGUCGGCGCGCGCCGCGCUUCAGCACCCGUACUUCGCGGACGCGCGUCUCGUGCCGCCAGCGCUGCCCGCCAUGCCAGCCGCCUCUUCCUCCUCCUCCACUAUAAACAGUCUUGCCGAUCUUUGAUCCUAAUGCGAUAACUUUAUUUAUCAUUAUAAAUGUAUUUAUUUUACUUUAAAUAAAGAUGAAUUAAGGACUAAAUAAAUUCUAUGGACAUUUAACAUUUAAUUUUUAGUCCUCGCUCAACCCUUGUAUGUAUAAAUAGAGCCAGGCUUCUGUACAAUGACCGAAUUCAGUCGUAUUGAGUUAAACUUAAUUGGAUAAGCAAUGCGCACACGCAUAAAUAACGAACAGACAAACGUGAAACUCGACUUAUUGUAGAAGAUACCAUGACUCGAUAUUUUUCUAUUUAGAAAUUAUUGUAGAUAUUAACUAGGCUUGUUUAACAUGAACAUGAUUUCAAAGUCAAAUGACGUAAUAUGAACUGAAUAAAAAUUUUACAAUUAUUAUUA